AUGAACACAGACGUGUCUACGCUUACCUUGAUUUCCGUCAGAAUAUUGCUUUGCUUGUUUGGCAUCCUGGGAAAUUUCUUAUUAUUUUUCUUCACAAUACCGAAAGUAAAUCAAAGGAUUGAACCAUACAAGAUUCUUCUCCUCAACCUUGCUAUUUCAAAUCUCCUUACCAACUGCAUGGUGGACAUUCCUGGAAUCUUGGUGGAAAUAUAUGGAACAUGGUUCCUUGGAGACUUGUACUGCAAAAUAUUCUGGUUCACAGCCAGCAUGUUGAUCACCAACAGUAUCCUCACCACAUUUUCCAUGAGUGUCUUCUGGUUUCAGAAGUUGGUUGGAAACAGACCCAUAAACUCCAAUGUUCUCCGGUCAGUGGAGCUUCGAAAAUUGAGGAUAUUUGUUUCUCUCGGCUGGUUGAUAUCUAUAGCCUUUAGCAUGCCAUUCUUGUUUUUUUGUAGUGUAAAUAUGAUGAAGAAUAAUGAGGAGAAGGACCAGCCAAAACUCAACCAAAGUAUUUUUGGAUGUCAGGAUGUCUUUCCAUCCAGGUCGCAGAAACAUGUUUAUGAGAUCCUAUAUAUGGUUCUGGCCAACGCUCUUCCUGUCCUUGGUAUGUUUUUCAUUAAUGUUAGAAUAAUCAUAUUUUUGAUGCGCAAUAGGAAACAAGUUUCAGCCCUGAAAUGUCUAAAGACUAAAAGAACUAUGACGUCAUCGGUGCCGAAUUGUGGAAAAGCCAAGUGUCGGGAUAGCGGAGGGCAAGCAGGAAGUGAGUUUGUGUCCUACAUAUCUUCAGUUUCUAGUGGACUUGAGUUUGUAUCAGCACAAUUCAUCUUGACAACCUCUGAAGAUCCAGUUAAAGACAAUAUCAAGAAUGUUGAAAAGGGAGACCUUAUCAAGCAAGUCUUAACUUUGGAAGGAGGCUCAAUAGGUGAUGAGGAAAAUAAACAUCUACCUGCAAGUAUGAUUUACAAUCCUUGCAAUUCUAAGGAAAGUGCCCAGACGACAGAACUCUGUGACCUCAAAGCUACUCCUUUAGUCCUUGUGGCAGAAACUGGUAUUACGUGCAUAGAUGGCAAAACAUAUAAGCCAGGUGAUACCUACUCUACUAGCUAUACCUGCUAUCAGGACCAGUGCAUUGAAGGAAAUAACAAGGAUAAGCUUCCUGAACUUCUUAAGUCCUUAGACAGUAAAGUACGGUUGCUAGCUAAGACUCCAAGUGCCACGACACAGAUCAGAGCGGCCAUAAGCAUCAUGGCAGUAGUUGGAGUUUUUUUUAUAUUCUGGGUGACUUAUUUGAUUCUAAAAAUUAAAAGAGACACCAACAGAACCCAGCAAAUGAUCGAUACUGCGAGUCUAAUGGCUGCAUCAUAUACCACAGUCAUACCCUAUAUUUUUAUUUACAGUAUGAAAAAGUGUCCAUGUGGUUAA